AUGCAUUUAUCUAACAAAUUAAUUAAUGAUGAGUGGCUUAGGGAAAAUUAUGAUAGUAUCAUAAAUGAUCAGUUAAGGAACAAAAUAAUUGAAGAAUGUGGCGUUGAAAGUCACGAUGGUAAUACAAUGUACUACAUGCCGCAUUCUCCGGUCGUAAGAAAAAAUGCGUCAGAAACUAAAGUCCGUAUAGUGUAUGAUGCGUCAUCAAAAGUUAAUGUUGAGGUAUCUUUAAACCAAUGUUUGAUACCUGGCCCAAAUUUAAACCCUUCAAUUUUAGAUUUGAUAUUGUGUUUCAGGCAGUUUAAAUAUGCAUUUUCGGCAGAUAUCGAAAAAGCCUUUCAUCAAAUUGGGAUUGUAGAAACUGAUAGGGACGCAUUGCGAUUUUUGUAUUUUGACAAUGAAUUAAAUAUAAAACAUUAUCGUAUGACUCGUGCUCCGUUUGGAGUUGCUUGUAGCAGUUUUAUUCUCGCAUGUACUAUAAAACAUCACAUAAAGAAAUUGUCAGUGGAAAAUCCAGAGAUUUUUAAGAUGUUAAAUAAUUUUAUUUAUGUAGAUGACAUUUUUUACGGUUCAGAUUCCGUAGAACAUGCCUGCAAGUUAAGCACUGAAGCUUAUAACGUACUUAAAGAAGCGGGAAUGAAUUUGCGUCAUUUUAGUACAAAUUCAGAAGAGCUUGAAAAAAUCUGGGAUAACAAUGGAAUUGUUGAGGUACAAAAAGAGCACAAUGAUACUUUAAAGGUACUAGGACUUAACUGGUGUAAUAGUAAAGAUGUAUUGUUUUUAAAUAUAGAUAAGUUGUCUGAAACACUAAAUAAAUGUAGAAUAAUCACAAAAAGAAACAUAUUAAAUGUAACCGCUACUAUUUUUGAUCCGGUAGGGUUUAUUUCACCUUUUGUAUUGAGAGCGAAAUUAAUAAUGCAAAAUCUUUGGCAGUUGGGUUUAGAACUUGACGAUGAAGUUCCAAUUGAAUGUAAACAAAUGUGGUCCGAGUGGUGCGAUGAAAUAGAAACUCUAAAGAAAUUCGAAAUUUGCCGCGAAUAUUUUCCUUGCGAACUAAAUCGUAAUAAGAAUAAAGAAUUGCAUAUAUUUGGUGAUGCAUCAAUAAAAGCUUACGGUUCAGUAGCUUAUUUAAGAUCGGUUGAGGACUGUACUGUAGCAUUUGUUAUGGUAAAAUCUAAAAUUGCGCCGAUUAAACAAAAACUCACACUACCAAGACUAGAAUUGUUAGCUGCAUUAACGACAUCAAAACUCGCAAAUGGAUCCGACAAUCCGAGUGAUAUAUUGUCACGUGGGUGUUCUGCUGAACAUUUAUUGUCAUCAAAAUUAUGGAAAUCUGGACCAGAUUGGUUGUCCGAAUCAAAAAACAAUUGGCCCAAGAAAAUGCCAUUGACAUCUGGGCUUUCUGAUGUGGAGCUAGAAAAGAAGAAAUGUGUUGCUGAAAAUACAGUUCUACCUUCUGUUGCGGUGAAUUCUGACAGUCUUCUGAAUCUUGAAAAGUAUAGUAAACUAAGUCGAGCUGUUAGGGUGACCGCAUGGAUACAAAGAUUUAUUUAUAAUGUAAGGUGUAAAGCUGACAAGAAAAAAGGUCCCUUAAGAGCUGAAGAACUUUUCGCUGCAGAGUUAAGUUUGAUAAAGGAAAUUCAACAUGAGCAUUUUAGUGACGAAAUUACUUGUUUAAAACAAGAACAUCAAAUUAGUAGAAAUUCUAAAAUUCGUGAAUUGAAUCCAUUCCUCAGUGAAGACGGGAUAUUGUUAGUAGGAGGUCGACUACAAAAAUCGACUUUGAGUUUUUACGAAAAAAAUCCAAGUACUCUUGGGUACCUUCGGGAAAAAUAUUGGAUAGUUAGAGGACGGCAGAAUGUGAAACGUAUUAUAAGAAAAUGUAUCAUCUGCCAGCGGUUUAAUUCCAGACCAAUGCAGCAAGACAUAGCCCCUUUGCCAUCUGCCAGAAUCGAAAAAUCAAAUCCGUUCGAUGUAAUCGGCGUGGACUAUGCUGGACCUCUGUUUGUUAAAAACGAAGAUACAAAGUAUUAUAUUCUUCUGAUUACCGGUGACUAG